AUGGCGAGGAUCCCUCAUGUUCUCGGUGGUCUUUCUUUCCCCGAUGAGUGGACCAUAGCCAUGCUCGGCGUUUGCCAAAUGGAUUAUAUCGCUGUCUCCAGCAAGCUGGAUUAUCAAAGGUUUGCCUCGGACAUCCACUCUCUUCUUCCCAAAGCUUCUGAGCUUCGUUCCUCGGCCGUGAGCUGUGCUUUAUGCGCCUUCAUCUUCAGAAAUGUCAGCCAGUUUCCUCCCCUGUCUCCUCAGGUGUCUCAGGGGUUACUGGGCACAGCCGAUGCCCCCAUCGAAAUCAAGGUGUGGCGCGGAUUGUUGCAGCCGGGCCAGUUCAGAAUUCAUUCCUGUCUUAUCAAGAUUGAUGACGAAGAGAGGUUUCGUGCGACAUGUUGGCUGUUUACCAACUGGGAAGAUGCCGACGGCCGCUCUGGCCAGGUAUUCUCAAACCCACCUGCUCCCCCAGGGUCCGUAGCUUCGUUGGCAUGGUUGCAAAAGCAACUGCACCACUGCCUGUCUAACCACGAGGAAUGCAAGAAAGGCAUUGCAGGUGAAGACUGUGAUGUCAUCCACCUCGUUGAGAGUGGAGGGCCCCAAGCUGUUUAUAACGCGCUCAGCUACUGCUGGGGACCUCCGGAUCAGAGGCUUCUUCGCACCACAGAUAACAACCUGCAGCAACACAAAGAAGAGAUUGCGAUGGAAAGUCUGGCAAAGACAUAUCGUCACGCCAUCGAGGUCACACGCCGCCUUGGAAUACGGUAUAUGUGGAUUGACGCCCUAUGCAUUAUUCAAGGGAAUGGUAGCGAUUGGGAGCACGAAUGUGAGCUCAUGGGCCAAUACUACCAAUACUCUGAGAGGGCGCAUCCUGUAAUCGCUGCAUCUGGGGCAGAUAGCCCUGCGAAGGGGUGCUUUUCUCCCUCACCCAAGCUUGGAUGA